CGGAGUCCUUACACGCUAGCUUUAUUGCUUCUUUCUCAGCCUCGGCCAGCCUCACCAUGGUGGACGCCUUCGCAGGCACCUGGAAGCUAGUGGAAAGCAAGAAUUUCGAUGACUACAUGAAGUCCAUCGGUGUGGGUUUUGCUACCAGGCAGGUGGCCAAUAUGACCAAGCCUACCACAAUCAUCGAAAUAAAUGGAGACACUAUCACUAUAAAAACACAAAGCACCUUCAAGAACACAGAGGUCAGCUUCAAGCUGGGGGUGGAGUUUGAUGAGACAACAGCAGAUGACAGGAAGUGCAAGUCCACUGUGACACUGGAUGGAGGCAAACUUGUCCAUGUGCAGAAAUGGGACGGGCAAGAAACAACACUUGUGCGAGAACUCACUGAUGGAAAACUCAUCCUGACACUCACCCAUGGCAGUGCAGUCUGUACUCGCACUUACGAGAAAGAGGCAUGACCUGCCCACUGCUUCACUGACUUCUCCUCUGCCAAACCUGAUCCUCUGGCUAGCCCUGGACUCAGCACCAGACUGCCUCAUUUUUUCCUCUGGCAUUUUGUAUAAAUCCGCCUUGGUUGGGGAAAUUCUUCUGGGGUCAAGUGCACCAUCCUGGAUUCAGUUCCAGUUCCCAUUGUGUUUGUUUUUUUAACUGCGUCCCAAGAGUGCUCUGAAGUCAAUAAAGCAGAGCCAAGGCCACCCAGUUGCCCUUUUGCCUUUGGUGACAUGACUCUGGGAGUCUCAGUUUCAGUGUGUCAGAGUGGGCAGUGGGCAGAAAUGCACACCUGCCUGAAAGUAACUCAGGAAGAAGCACUGGAUGAGACUGAAAUGGACAGUCUCGGGGACAGCGGUAGCUGACCACCUUACAGGUACAAUAAUGUAACAGCUGUACUACACCUUGCCUUUACUUCCUCUCCAUGGCCAAAUGAGCUAGUCCAACCUGGAAUAAUCAAUCAGUGGCAGGGCUUCCCCAGGCUUGGCUACUGAACUAUCACCUCCUCAGGCCCAUCUGCAUUAAAUGCCCUCAGGAUGGACAGUUGU